AUGACGGUUCCGCAGCCGGUCUACGAGUACAUCGUGCCGCCAAAGCUGUAUGAAGAGAACGUGAGGGAGCGCUGCGAGUGGACGGGCGAAGACUACAAGGCCGUCGUCCGGAGUGUACGCAGUGCUAUUCAUCCUAACAUGAUGACGUUCCUCGCUACGUACGAGAUUGGCAAGGACAAGGCGCAGAUCACGGACGAGGACAUCAUGAGCAAGGUCAAGGAGAGGUGCGAGACCUCGAAUCGCGACUACCUUGCGAAUCCCUCAGCGCUUUUCGCUCAACAGCUAAAGAUGGACCUGACGGUCAAGGAUGUGCCUGACCGUGUGUCCAAGUAUUUCCGGCAGUUCGAGAAAAUCAUUGCCGACAACGGCUUCCACGAGAAUCUGGGCCGUGGCUCCCCGACAGACGAUGACUAUAUCAAAAGGAUGCUGGAGUUAGUCAAGUUUCGCCACAUCCGCAUUAACGAUCAGUUACUGUACAAACUGAUACUCGAGCGUGCUGAGCUGCAGCAAUUAUUCUACAAUCGUUUCCGACAAGCU